CGCCAUGGCCCCUACAACAUGACGACCAUGGCCAACGCCCUGCCUCUGGACAACAACUAUCAUCGCGGUCCGUUCCAGAGAGGGGUUCAACAGAGAUAUCACAACGGACCGCCACCGCCACCGCCCAUGGGCCCUCCCAUGCCACAGAUGCCUCAGUAUACUGGUCCUUCGCCGAUGAACAUGGUUCCCCAGGGCUACUAUGUUCCUCAGACCCAUCAGAUGGCGCCAUAUUAUGGCGGUAACCACUUGCCCAUCAACCAGAUCAACACGACGAUGCUGCAGAGCCAAAACAUGGCAUACUACCCGAACCCGAUGGACAUGGGGCACGCUCAUACGCAGUAUUACUACCCCCAGGCGGCUCAGUAUCCUGUCCAGAACCCGAAUAUCCAACACGCUGUCGCUCAAAACCAGCCUCCUCGCGCGGGAAUCCUUCAGCCCGCAGCGACAGAGGCCCUGGCUCGUAGUCAGCCCCUGGGUGGGCUGCAAGUACCAUUUGUUACCCGGAAACCUAUCCAUGAUGAACAAAGAGGUUCCGCUCGAGGUUCUUCACGCAAACCACGACAAACUGGUAACGCCGUUUGGAUCGGAAAUCUUCCACCUCAAACCGAUUUGAUGAGUCUCGUACACCACGUUUCGAAGGAGACAGGAGGACUCGAAUCUCUGUUUUUGAUUGCCAAAAGCAACUGCGCCUUUGCUAAUUUCAAAGAUGAGGAUUCCUGUAUCACUGCUCAACUCAAACUGCAUGAAUCGAGAUUCCAGUCGGUUCGACUCGUCAGUAGACUACGAAAGAACGAAGUAGACGGACCAAUCCCAAGUACGACCAACGCUUCUAAACCGAUCAGCCAAGCAAGGAGUAAAUCCUCGGCAAAAAUUGAUAACUCGAGCCCACCCAGUGCUCUUGGUAGCGGAGAGUACCCGACAGUUGUUUCGUCAGGGGGGCCGGCAACGAAACACGAUAGGUUUUUUAUAUUAAAAAGUUUAACAGUUGAUGACCUUGAACUUAGUUUUCGAACGGGAAUCUGGGCAACACAAUCUCAUAACGAAGAAACGCUGACAAAUGCGUUCAAGCAAUGUAAUAAUGUGUAUCUGAUCUUUUCAGCUAAUAAAUCUGGAGAGUACUUUGGGUAUGCACGGAUGGCUUCCGAGUUUAGCCCAUCUCUAGACUCGACAAAGAAAACUACGCCCGUACCUCGAACGACGACCGAAGUAGAUUUACCGAAAACAAUCAUCAUGGAGGCGACUGAAUACGUUCCCAAAGGCAGCAUCAUCGAUGAUCCAACGAGAGGGACCGUAUUCUGGGAAAAAUAUCAAGAAGAGACUGAAAAAGGUGUCGAUGCGGAAAACAAUGGCCUGGAUGGCCACGAUGUUAUUUCGAACGAAGAGGAGGACGAAAAGUCAUGGGGAAAGCCAUUCAGAGUCGAGUGGUUGUCUACAUCUCGUCUCCCCUUUCAUCGGAUUCGUGGGUUACGAAACCCUUGGAAUUCGAAUCGAGAGGUCAAGAUUGCCCGAGAUGGAACCGAGAUCGAGCCUUCUAUCGGCCAGAGACUUAUUGGCCUUUUCAACACUGCACAA